GCAUUAGAUCCUCCUUCUCCUCGUCCUAGUCUCCCUGGUGGUGUGUCGCCUGCCUGAUUCCCAGCUGAACAGAAUGUAAAUAAGAGACACCCCGCCCGGGUUCUCUAUUCUGUCAGAGUUCCUGUGAGCCUGCUCGACAAGCACCCUCGAUUUUGGCCGCAGUCCAUCCCUCCGCACGUUCAUACAUAGUUCUGGAGAUCAGUGACCAUUUUACGAUGCCUCCUUCAACCCGCUUGUCCAGGACCCGGUUCUCGUUGGAAACCAUCCUUGUCGUGUUCAUGUUCUGCAGGCCGAUUGAGCAGUGUCUGUUUCUGUUUGCUUCACCGUGGCUCGUCAACGUGCUGCUCUCGAGACACCUCACCACCCGCGAGGAGAAUGGCGACACCGCCCUGCACCUCAUGGCCAAGGACCAAGACCAGGGACGGUCAAGAAUCAUCGCCCGGGCCCUGUUCUCUAGGAAAGACAUCAACGUAAACGUGCAGAACAACAACGGAAAGAUUCCUCUGGUAUGUGCGGCGCAGCGAGGAAACCACUGGCUGGUCAAGCUGCUGCUCGAGCGGGGUGAUUUCAACUGGGACAUGUUGGACGCCUUUUCCUUCACUCCCCUGGUAUGGGCAGCCAAGAAACAGGACAUCUCAUUGGUGAAAGCCCUACUGUCCAACAGGAACAUCCGCCCGAAUGAGUUUGACAUCUUUCGACGAACGGCGUUGUCGUACGCGGCUGAGUAUCGGAAUGAGGGCAUCGUGCGGUUGUUGCUCGAAGAUCAAGCUGUAGAUGCCGAAUGGAGUGACGAGACUGCCCGAUCGCCACUGUCCUAUGCAGCCGAAUCUGGUAGUGAAAAGAUCGUCGAGAUGCUCCUGAGCCGGGAGGAGGUCAACGCGCACUCGGUGGAUUCUUAUAUGAAGACGCCGUUUGCCUAUGCAGCAGAGUACAACCAUCUGGGGGUCAUGUUGAUUCUGAGAGAGUGUGACUAUUAAAGGUUCACUUGUGUAGUAGAGGAAGGACAAGGAGUGCUGUUCACAGGUCGCUAUGUCCGUUAUGUCUUUGCUUGCAGUGUAUGUAACUCUGGAUUUGCCUUUACUGAUGUAGUAAUGCUAUGCUCAUCGCAUGUCCUCACACC